UCGUGCGCGGUGUGUGAGUGUAUACUGUGUAUCCAAAUUUGAGGUCUUGUGUCAGAGUACGGUAAAAAAAGAAAAGCAAACGUGUUCUUGGUUAUGUGAUCAUUAUAUUUUAACGUGUUUUUACUUUAAACUUUUUGCAAUAAAUACUUACUAUAAAAUCUGUACUUAAUGAAAUUUCUGCGGUCAGAACAUAAAUAAUUACGAAUGGUGAAUGGAUAUGAUAAACUACGACCGGUUAUAAGUCGCUGUUUCAAGAUUUAUCAAUCGAAAUAGCGUUUUAAUGGAAAGUAUACAUUAGUACGGCAAUAGUAACAAUGUCUUACAAUUCCACGCUUGACGAAUUCUGCGGAUCAAAAUUUUGGGAUAGCAAUCUAACAUGGUAUACAUCAAACCCAGAGUUUACGCCGUGCUUCGAAAAAACAGUACUCAUUUGGAUACCAUGUGGUUAUCUAUGGCUUACCGCUUUACUUGAUACUUAUUAUAUACUGCAUAGUAAAGAGAAGAAUAUACCAUGGAAUAUACUGAAUAUCACCAAAUUGAUCAUAACAAUACUUUUAAUCGUUCUGAAGUUUGUGGACUUAGGCGUAACUGUACAUAAGUCUUCUAAAGAAGAGGAGGAUGUCUUCAAUGCAGACUAUUAUUGUCCUAUUGUUAAGAUAUUUACUUUCGUUCUUGCGGCAACACUACUGUACUAUAAUAGAAAAUGUGGUAUGAGAGCUUCGGGAGUAUUGUUCUUCUUUUGGUUGCUCUUAAUAUUAGCAGGAUUACCUCAGCUUAGAUCUGAAAUAAUGAACCACUAUGAACGAGCUGACGAUGAAAAUGUUCAAUAUAAUUUCGUCAGUUAUAUGAUAUACUAUCCAAUGAUUCUCUUAAUGUUUGUACUUAAUUGUUUUGCUGACCUUCCUCCUAGAGAUUCACCUUAUAAAUAUGAGAAGAACCAAUGCCCAGAAAGUGCUUCGGGUUUCCCCAGUCGUCUCACAUUCAGUUGGUUCGAUCCUUUAGCGCUCACUGGUUUCCGAAGAAGUUUAACUGAAAGCGAUCUCUGGGCGCUCAAUCCUGAAGACUCGUCGAAGGAAGUCGUUCCACGAUUCGAUAAGUUCUGGGAGCGAACACUGAGGAAAAGAGAAGCGGCGAACGGGCCAAAGGCGACCUAUAGCAAAACAUCGGCUAGUGUAAACUUCAAACCGGAAAGCGAAAAAAAACCAGCAUCUAUUCUGCCGGCCCUUUGUAUGGCGUUUGGAGGACAGUUUCUAUUUGGCGCACUACUUAAGCUCAUUAACGAUGUAUUAAUGUUCUUAUCACCGCAAUUACUUAAACUUUUAAUAGGAUUCGUGGAGAGUAAGGAACCGGUAUGGAAAGGCUAUCUAUACGCCUUUGGGUUGUUAACAUGUGCGACCGCACAAACGAUGCUAUUAGGUCAUUAUUUUACGAGAAUGUACUUAGUCGGUAUGAAAAUAAGGACCGCUUUGACGAGUGCCAUAUACCGAAAAUCGCUUCGAAUCUCAAAUGCAGCGAGGAAAGAGUCGACGGUGGGCGAGAUUGUGAAUCUUAUGUCGGUUGAUGCGCAAAGAUUUCUAGAGUUAACAGCAUACCUGAACAUGGUAUGGUCGGCACCUCUACAAAUAGCACUUGCACUAUACUUCCUAUGGGGUAUUCUGGGCCCAUCAGUGCUCGCGGGUUUGGCGGUCAUGAUAGUACUCAUACCGGUCAACGGGCUCAUAGCCAGCAGGGUUAAGACGCUGCAAAUAAGGCAGAUGAAGUACAAGGACGAGAGGGUUAAACUGAUGAAUGAAGUGCUUAAUGGGAUUAAGGUUUUAAAAAUGUACGCUUGGGAACCCAGCUUUGAAGAACAAAUUCUCAAAAUAAGAAACAAGGAAAUGAACGUUUUAAAACAAACGGCUUAUCUAAAUUCCGCUACCUCCUUUAUAUGGUCUUGUGCACCUUUCCUGGUGACCUUCUUAACUUUCUUCACAUAUGUGAUUACCGACCCCGACAACCAUAUUUUGACACCCGUCAGGGUAUUCGUAUCGAUGUCCCUAUUUUACACAAUGAACUUGCCACUAGGCUUGCUACCUCUCAUCGUGGUAUCAGUGAUCGAGACGGCUGUCGGUAUGAAAAGAUUGAAUAAAUUUAUGAAUUGCGAAGAAUUAGACAUUGAGUCAGUGGAACACGAUCCAAAGGACCCUAACCCCCUAUCAAUCGAGAACGGUCACUUCUCAUGGGGUGACGCCUCGGAGCCGAUACUGAAGAACAUCAACUUGCAAGUGCCACGUGGUCACUUAGUGGCCGUGGUAGGUGCGGUCGGUUCAGGCAAGAGUUCCCUUCUAGCCGCUCUACUCGGGGAAAUGAAUAAGAUCUCUGGACGGGUUAAUACUAAUGGUACGUCUGCAUAUGUAUCUCAACAGGCAUGGAUUCAAAAUGCAACACUACAAGACAAUAUUUUGUUCGGCAAGCCACUGGAUAAAAGCAAAUACAACAAUGUUAUUAACAUGUGCGCUCUGAAACCUGACUUCGAUGUGCUACCUGGCGGUGAUCAAACGGAAAUCGGUGAAAAAGGAAUAAACUUGUCGGGUGGUCAAAAACAGCGUGUAUCUCUCGCUCGCGCAGUGUACUAUGACGCGGAUAAUUACUUCCUCGACGAUCCGCUCAGUGCCGUGGACUCGCAUGUUGGCAAACAUAUAUUCGAUAAGGUCAUCGGUCCAUCUGGUCUACUAAAAGACAAAACUCGCGUAUGGGUCACGCACAAUGUAUCGUACCUGGCUCAAACGGACUUGGUAUUAGUACUGCGCGAUGGUGAGAUAUCCGAAGUGGGCACAUACCAGCAGUUGCUGGAGAAGAAGGGGGCCUUCGCUGAGUUCCUUUUGCACCACUUGAGCGACGCUGAACGGACUUCGCCUGAAGAAUUGGAUGAAAUCAAACAAGACUUGGAAAGUAAGUUGGGUUCCGAGUUCCAAAAUAAAUUGCAGCGAGCCCGUUCGCUCUCCGAAAGCACAUCUGAAUCGGAAUUACCUGCUGCGGGAGACAGAAGUGGUAGUGUCAAGAGACGCACUCCAGAAGGCGCUACGCCUAACGAUUUGAAGGAAAAGAAUAAACUUAUCGAAGCAGAAAAGGCGGAAACUGGCAGUGUGAAAUGGGCGGUAUACAAGCACUACCUGACGAGCGUGGGCGUGUUCGCGUCGGUGGUCACGAUCGUGAUGAACCUCGUGCUGCAGCUGUUCCAGGUCGGCUCCAACUACUGGCUCGCCAAGUGGUCCAAUGAUGAUAAUAUGUUGGUGAACGGAACGGUAAAUAAAAGCACACGAGACAUGUACCUCGGUGUGUACGGCGGCCUCGGUAUCGGACAAGUGGUGUCGGUGUCGGUGUCGUCGCUGGCGCUGUACCUGGGCACGCUGGUGGCGGCGCGCGCGCUGCACGCGCAGCUGCUGGCCGGCGUGCUGCGCGCGCCCUCCAUCGGCUUCUUCGACUGCACGCCCACGGGCCGCCUGCUCAACCGCUUCAGCAAGGACGUGGACGUGCUCGACAACGUGCUGCCCAUGACGCUGCGCGGCUGGACCGCCUGCUUCUUCGCGGUUUUAGGAACACUGUUCGUAAUCAGUUACUCGACACCGAUAUUCAUGGCGAUAAUCUUGCCCAUCGGAGUUGUAUACUACAUCAUACAAAGAUUCUACGUGGCCUCGUCGCGACAACUUAAGAGGCUGGAGUCAGUGUCCCGGUCGCCUAUUUACUCUCACUUUGGUGAGAGCAUCACGGGCGCUUCUACUAUUCGAGCUUAUGGCGUAACUGAGAGGUUUGUAGAGGAAUCAGAGCGCGGCGUGGACUACAACCAGCUGUGCUACUACCCCAGCUGCAUCGCCAACAGGUGGCUCGCUAUACGGCUCGAGAUGAUCGGCAACCUCAUUAUAUUCUUCUCGGCGCUGUUUGCGGUGCUUGGUAGGGAGACUGUAGACCCGGGCUUGGUUGGACUGUCUGUCAGUUAUGCGUUGCAGAUCACACAAACCCUGAAUUGGCUCGUAAGGAUGACUUCGGACGUUGAAACUAACAUUGUAGCUGUUGAGAGAAUAAAGGAAUAUGCUGAGACCAAGCAGGAGGCGGCGUGGUCGGUGGGCGGCGGGCCGGGCGCCACGUGGCCGGAGACGGGCGCGCUGCAGCUGGAGCGGCUGACGCUGUGCUACCGCGCGGGCGAGCCCGUGCUGCGCGACCUCACGUGCGCCGUGGCGCCGCGCGAGAAGCUCGGCAUCGUCGGCCGCACCGGCGCCGGCAAGUCCACGCUCACGCUCGGCCUCUUCCGCAUAGUGGAGCCAUCUAGCGGCAAGAUCAUGAUCGACGGUAUCGACAUAUCGACAAUAGGGCUGCACCAGCUGCGUUCGCGCAUCACUAUCAUCCCGCAGGACCCCGUGCUGUUCUCGGGCACGCUGCGUAUGAACCUGGAUCCGUUUGGUGCCUUCUCUGAUGAGGAUAUAUGGAGGUCGUUGGAGCAUGCGCAUUUGAAGGCGUUUGUACAAGGUCUCCCGUCGGGGCUGCUGCACGAGGUGUCGGAGGGCGGCGAGAACCUGUCGGUGGGGCAGCGCCAGCUCGUGUGCCUGGCGCGCGCGCUGCUGCGCAAGACGCCGCUGCUCGUGCUCGACGAGGCCACCGCCGCCGUCGACCUGGAGACCGACGAGCUCAUACAGAAAACAAUCCGAUCCGAAUUCGCAUCGUGUACGGUGUUAACAAUCGCCCACCGUUUGAACACAAUCAUGGACUCGACCCGCGUGAUGGUGCUCGACAAAGGCCAUCUCGUGGAAUACGCGCCCCCAGAACAACUGCUACAAGACAAAAACUCCAUAUUCUACAGCAUGGCCAAGGACGCUGGCCUCGUCAAUUAAUUACACUUCCAAUUUAAUAAAUAAUAUAUAGAACGUUCAUUUUAUACGACGGCAAUAAUUUGUACAAAGGUGGUAAUCUCGCCUGGAGUGUAACGGUCACAUUGACUCAGUGCGGUAGUAAGUUUCGCUCGUUAUACACGAGUGCAGUGUUCACAUUUAUAGUUGUUACGCUUGUAAGUGAUUACUUAAUUUAUUUUGGGGAGUUAUUUACAGUAUCCAUUAGAUAAAUAGUGUACUCUAUUAGUUAUUUUUUAACUAUUUUCUUUUUUUUUAUAUUUCAAUGCUUAGUUUAUAACGAAUCUGGGUAAGUAUGAUAUGUAAUUUUAUAUUUUAAUUAAUUACUAGUGUAUCUGUUCACAAUGUAUACUUAGAGAUAUCGAAUUGAUAUCCACGUUUCACUACUUAACUAAAUCACACGUGUACUUAAAAUUAUUUUAAAUAAUGUAUUAUACAAAAGCGGUAAUUACAUAUCAAACUUAUUCGUUUAUUUUUCAAUAACGUAAUGGUAAAUAAAUGUUAUGAAUAACGCAACUAAAGCAAUAACUCGUACUUUAGCAAGACUGAAUUAAAUAUUUAUUUAAUCACAGUCAUACAAAUAUUAAAUAUUAUAUAAAAACAUGUUCAUACAGUUAUUUUAUUUUAGUAGUGUGAAUAGUUACACCGAUAUAUUAUCUCCUACAGUUUAUUUUAUUUUUCUAUUACAUUAUAUUAUAUGCGUUGAAAUGUAUAAUUUGAUUGGCAGCGACUCGUAGUUACCAAUAAGCCGCCCUUUACUUAAUUUUUUAUUAAUGCGUAUUAUGUAUAAAUGUUUAUUUAUAAUGUUGCGUUAUCACGUUUUAUUCUUAUUUGUGUACAAACAUGCAGAUUAUUGUAAACCUAGUUUUAGUUAAGGGUCAGUAUCCGCUAACGGAGUAGAGACGCGUUACAAUGGAAACAUUAAGAUUUCGUAUAUUAUACGAGACCAUGAACGAAAUCUUAAUAAUUUUCAUCUCUCUUCGAUUUAGAGAAUACGUAUUAUUUAGUUAUAGUUUUACUAAUAUUUGUAGCAGCUACCAACUGCCUCUAUGUCGUCUUAGAUUCCUUGUCUCGAAUAUAAUUCAUAAAUAAUUUUAACUUGUCACAAAAUAUAUUACAAGUACCUAAAGUUAAGUUUUAUUCUCGAUUCGUAUUUUAUCACAAAAAUGUAUAAUGAAUCUAAGACGAUCCUCCGUGUAUAUAAUAAGUAGUGUUAUUUUUUUUACAAAUGUCAUUGCAUUUUAAUUACAGUACGAUUCAAACUUAAUGGCGGCUCGGAACAUCGUACGAUCCGAUGCGCAGAAAACAAUUUUAGGUAUUAAGGGGAAGUUAAGGGACCUGUGCGCACCCGCACUCGCACCUGCCCCCCUAGACAAGUGGCUUUCUAUUAGCGUAACGUUUGAUAGAAUAGAUUAUGAAUGUAUGAGAUUGACAUGAGCUGUAGAUAAAUGUAUCGACAGCUUACGUCAAUCUCAGUAUACAUUCAUAAUCUAUUCUAUCAAACGUUACGCUAAACGAAAGCCACUUGUCUAACCCCUCUGCACCUAACUUCCGAACCGCCAUUAAGUUUGAAUCGAACUAUACUAUAGACUAUAUUAAGAUUACUAACUGGUGCAAUUUCAAUAUUUGCUUUUUAAUGUUAAAAGUAUACAGUGGGAUUGGUAAUUAAAGUGAGGCAAUCAACUGAGAUACUUACCUCUGAGCUAACUUAAGCCUAAUCACACCUUGACAACAUAAUAUAAUAUUAAUUUACGAAAAAUAAGUACUUACCCAAUGUACCUUGAAUACACUUUUAACCAAUCACACUGUAGAAGUUGGUUUUGUUUAUCAUCAAAUUCUCAGGUUACUAGUUUCAUAAAAUAUAAUACGGUGCCUGCAGAUCAAUGUAUCCAAACAUCUAGUAAUUUAAGAAUAUACUCAAAGUAAAGCAUAUACGAAGAAAAAUAUACCCUUUAUAUGUAUAAUACUUCUUUAGUUCUGUAUCAAGAUACUAUUUACUUAGUCUACCUCCUUCAAAAGUGUUUUAAUAAGGGAGUAAUAUAUGGUUAGCAAAUAACUUUUUAUUUUUAAAGUAUCAGUUGAAAAGUGUACUCUAUAAUUAUAAUGAUAAAAAGUAGAACAAAAGUCUCAUAUAUCGCCAACGACUAAAUUACAUUUUUGAACUUAAAACCUUUUCAACUGAUUCCAUACACAAUAUUUCUCGUUAUCUGUACACUCCAUGGAUAAUAGCAAAAAAAUUUUCCUUUAAAAUGUAUUCUACGUAGAA